AUGCAGGAUCGCCAUGCGUUUGUCGUCCACAGGCAAAUCUCUCUUGCGCAAGGGGAGAUAGUUGAGAAACAAGCUGCCUUGGGGAGAUCAGCAUUGACCAUUAUGAUCGUCGACUGCACCCUUUGGCCCGGACGUGCCAUAUCUGUGGACGAGAGCCUUGCCCUGGUUCAGGCCAUUUGUGGAGGCAACAGCUCCACCUUGGGUUUCGUUCUGAUGCCGCAGCCUCAUUCCUCUGCAACGCAUACCGCUAUUUUGGCCCAUCGUCGCGCAAUCGAGAACACAUGCAUCGCGUCCUUCGACCUCCAGGAGAUCAGCCUCGUUUACAAUGAGAGCACUCACGGGGGCGACCGGCGAAAGACCAAUCAACAAUGCUUGGCGAUUACAUCGGGAAACCACAAGCACAUCGAGUGGACCAAGAGCAAGAUCAUGUUGGGAUCAAUAACUGGAGUGGAUAGGUCCCGAGUCAACGAACUCCAGAAUCCGGAGGAAGAUCGGCCAUUAGCGCCGCAUUGGCGGGUGCAACAGCGGGGCAUCGAUGCUAGCAAGGCUAUCCUGAAGAAGCUUUUGGAAGGCUUGCAGUUGCCUGAGAAUGCCCCCAUCUUGGUGGUGGAUUGCCUUCCCAACAGGUUCGGUGAGUGGUCACAAGCUUGUGCCCAACUGCAGCUGGCGUAUGUACUUGGCCAAGACAAGUCAGUGUCUUGGAACUACAUGGGCAUCGUCUUGGGUGAUGAUGCUGGGAUCAUGCAUUCUUUGUCGUCAAAGACAGCUGGCCAGUUCAUGGCAAACUGGUGGGAUGUAAGUCAAGAAGCCGGCCCAAAACGGAGGUCACGGACUCCCUUCUCCGAGCCUGUUCCCACAAUGGAGAUCCUGGCAGUGGCCAAUGGUCAGUGCAAGAUUCCAGAUUUGGUGAGGAAUAAGUACGUGGCCACCCAGUCUGCUGCUGUGACCAAGAUUGAGGACGCUAUCGCCCGCAACAAAAACCUCAAGGUAGCUUUGCAGGGGACAUUGGAUGAGUCGGCUUCCACCCUACCAUCCAGUUCUGGCGAUGUUCCGGCUGAUUCGGGAUCAAGGACCCUGGCCAGCCCUGACUACAGUGGUGCGAUCGAUGUCCCAAAUUUUUCCACCAGAGUGCAUUUGGAGGAGAAACCCAUGGAUGAGUUCACAGCUGGUCGAACGAUUCAAUGCCAAGCGCAACUUCAAAACUCUGACUUGAACGUCGCGCGGGACAAGAAUGAUGGAUCUUUGUGGUUGACCAACUCCGGCGACAGUGCUGCAGAACUGCAAGCCCGGGAGAUACUUGGGUUCAACCUUGGGUCUUUUGCUGAGCUGACUUCAGGAGAUGCUGCCACGGUUGCGGAUGCAAUUCCAUGGUUGAUCACCUCGGACUUGCAGGUGGUUUGCUUGGUGUCAGUGGAUACCAAUGGAUUCUCAACCAAAGAGCUCAUGACGGUGGCAGAUGUUUGCUGCUGGAUCACAAAAACUCGUGGGGUUACGGAAGCAGCUAUGUUGGACCACGACAUGGCACCGCUCACUGAGGAGACACCACAUGGCCGAACACCAAAAACAUUCCGCUAUAGUGUGACACCGCGAGCAAAAGUGAAUUGCUUCAAGCCAAAGAAGCUGGAAGGUGACCCAGCAACUUCAAGAUAUUCCCAAUUUGGUGCUAUCUACAGCGAUUUCAAGCAAUUGACCAGUUCUUCCAGCCUCGGCAUCGUUUGGGAGGUCAAAGUGGCAGAUGGUGUUCCGGCUGUGAUCACACCGCUAAAGCCGAAGUAUUUCUUGAAAGGCGUUACCACGGUUGCAGCCAAAACGGCUGUGAAACUGUGA